GCUAGCUGGGCAGAGCAAAGAAGAAGAUGCUAGAGAGGGUGCUGUCUUCCCGGAGAGCAGGCGGGCCGGUGAACGAGGACGGCGACGACGACAGUACCGGGGACGAAUCCAAGACGCGAAAGCACAGCUUUACCCCAAUGCGGUUCAUCAACUACCUGACCCGAACGGGUCACAUCUGGCCCUGCCUCCUCAUAGGCCUCGUCGUCGUAGUAAUCACUUCCUUCAUCGUCCACACUCGCGAUUUGGUCUGCAUCUCCGCCUCCUCUGCCGAUCACACCUCGCGCCUGCGCUUCUUCGGAUUCGACGGCCUCGAAACCGAUUUCGGAUCUCUCGGUGUGCCCUGGUGCAGAUCGAAACAUGGCAAAACUGUUGAAUGGACCACAAAAGAUUUACUCGAAGGUUUGGAGGAGUUUGUGCCAAUAUAUGAAACACGCCCAAUCAAGAAUAACAUGUAUGGGAUGGGAUUUGACCACAGUUUUGGGUUAUGGUUCGUCACCAGAUGGUUGAAGCCAGACUUGAUGAUUGAGAGUGGUGCUUUCAAGGGACACUCAACCUGGGUUUUGAGACAAGCAAUGCCAGAUACACCAAUCAUAUCGCUUUCACCUCGUCAUCCUGAGAAGUACCUCAAGAAGGGACCUGCUUAUGUUGAUGGAAAUUGCACAUACUUUGCUGGAAAAGACUUUGUUGACUUUGGCAGUGUUGAUUGGGCAAUAGUUCUGAAGAAACAUGGAAUAGAAGAUAUUAGUCGUGUUAUUGUCUUCUUUGAUGACCAUCAGAAUGAAUUGAAAAGAUUAAAGCAAGCUCUUGAAGCUGGAUUCAGGCAUCUUGUCUUUGAAGACAACUAUGAUACUGGUACAGGAGAUCAUUAUUCCUUGAGGCAGAUAUGUGAUCAAUUCUAUAUAAGAGGCGGUGGCCACAGCUGCUUUGAGGAAAGCGAUGAAGCUAGGAUAAGAUCAAGAAGGAAGAAAUUCUGGGAAAAAGCUGUUGAUACAGAGGAACUUUGUGGGCCAGGUGAAGCAUGGUGGGGUGUGAGAGGUUAUAUGCGGGAUAAUUUUAAUCACAGCAAUAAGGCAAUCACCUACGCUGAACAUUUUCAGAACAGCAGGUUUGUAGAAUCAGUACUUGAUGUGUACUGGGAGCUCCCCCCUGUAGCUGGCCCUUCACUAACUCAUCAAAUGAGAUACGACCCAGCUCGUACAUCAACUCCCAUCGUUGAAGAUGGCAGAUAUGGAUUAUUCCAGAGACUCGGGUUAUCUAGAUUCGAGAAUUCUGUAUUUAAUGGAUACACACAAAUGGUGUACGUUCAGGUCUCUCCACAAAAAUCUUAGCCCCCGCUGAAGUUGGUGCAAAAAGAGGUUUUCAGUUACCCAGUGCCGUCUGUAGUGUUCAUUACAUGCUAUCUCCUUAUUUUUUCUUCUUUUAUUUUAUUUUAUUUUUUGUUUGUUUUGCAUGUACUCUCUGAGUUCUGACAUAGCUUUCUUGCUGUCAAUAUUAAGUUAAGUAAUCGAAACCUAUUUCUCCCAGGCACUAUUUGCAUCAACAUCCAACAUCAACAGCAGUAAACCUACAACUAUACAUCCCAAACCAUCAACAGAGCAGAUUAACUUUCAUAAGAACAGUCAGUGUUUGGGGUGUAAGUGUGUAACUAGCCACACCAAGUUGCACUCCGACGUUAAACCUAAGUUUACAUUUCAAGAUUCUUCUAUAGUGUCUGUCUAUAUCAUAUAUAUAUCGGAUACUAUUGAUACUAGUACUGGUCAGUAUCAUAGAAGUAGAAAGCUGUUGAAUUAUUGGGUUUAUGGUGGAUUGAGCAGAUCAUGAUCAUCAUCCCAGACCAUUCUGUUUGCUGAUGAUGUUGUGGCCCAGCUUGCCUCUCUGAUGUCCAGUUUUAGUGGAUUGGUCUACUUAAUGACUAUACUUUCUGCUUCCCUCUUUUUGUGUGUUGUGCAUGCAUGUUAUCAGGUCUAUAUGUGGGGGAUAUGAUUGAGAGAAAUGACUUACCAUGUC